CAUGGAGGCUAAAUGAUUGUGGCUUAACAGACAAAAGCUGUUCAGCUCUGGCUACAGUUCUUGGAUCAGAUUCCAGUCUGAAAGAGCUGAACAUGAACAAUAAUAACCUGCAGGAUUCAGGAGUGAAGCUGCUCUGCACUGGACUGGAAAAUAUGAAGUGUCAUUUGGAGAUACUGAGGCUAAAUGAUUGUGACUUAACAUACAAAAGCUGUUCAGCUUUGGCUACAGUUCUUGGAUCAGAUACCAAUCUGAAAGAGCUGAAUAUGAACAAUAAUAAUCUGCAGGAUUCCGGAGUGAAGCUGCUCUGCACUGGACUGAAGAAUAUAAAUUGCAAAUUAGAGAUAAUGAGAGUUACUUUGCAGCAGAAUUGA